UUCGUGUUUGCAGCGCAGAGCCACUGUCCUUCGAGCCGGUCUCCCUGUUUUCCCUUUCAUCCAGAGAGAGAGAGAGAGAGAUAGAUAGUAGAAGAAGAAGAAGAAGAAGAAAGAACAACCCGACAGAUGGAUCAUCUAUAAUUUAGUAUCCAAUUGUUCCGUUUCUGUAUAUAAAUAUACAAAAAUACGGUACUUUAAUAAUGUAUUAUGACCUUGUCGUGCUCUCUCUAGGACAGCGAGUCGUCGUCGUCUUCUCCUCCUCCUCCUUCUUCUUCUCCGUGGCGCCCUAGAUCUCAGCCAAAGUAACGGCACGGGUUUGUAGAUCCUUCUUUUGAUUCAGUGGUACUCGACUUCCUCACACGCAGAGAUCUAUUCGUGGGGUUUACGUCUUGGUCGGUCAAUCAGAUUCAGGUUCAACCUAAAUCAUUUUCUUGAAGGCUGGCUUUAGGAGGUGUUUUCUUUUAAUAAAAAGGGUGCUUGAUGGUGACUGUCUAAAGUAUAUAACCUAUAUGAAGAUAGCUCAGGGGUGGCAUCUAAACAUGAAGGAUAUGCAGGUCUUGCCUGUGCAUCGCCACCGUCCCCACUUAAAGAAGCCAACCUGGAUCAUUGUCUUAGUAACUUUGGUCAGUGUGUUCUUGAUUUGUGCUUAUAUCUAUCCACCCCAGAAUUCUGCUGGCUGUUAUUUGUUCUCUUCUAAUGGAUGCAAAGGGUUUUCCGGUUGGCUGCCACCUGCUCCUGCGAGGGAGUUUACUGAUGCCGAGAUUGCUUCCCAUGUUGUGAUUAAAGAUAUUUUGAGUAGACAGCAAUUUGAAACUGAAAGCCCUAAGAUUGCAUUCCUGUUCUUGACCCCUGGUUCAUUACCUUUCGAGAUGCUAUGGGAUAAGUUUUUUCAUGGCUAUGAAGGUAAAUUCUCUGUUUACGUGCAUGCAUCCAAGGAUAAACCGGUCCAUUUCAGCCGUUACUUCAUCAAUCGAGAAAUUCGCAGUGACAAGGUAGUGUGGGGAAAGAUUUCAAUGGUUGAUGCAGAGAGACGACUCUUGGUACAUGCACUUGAAGACCCUGACAACCAACACUUUGUGUUACUUUCUGAUAGUUGUGUACCAUUGCAUGAUUUUGACUUUGUGUACAGCCAUCUGAUGUACACAAAUAUGAGCUUCAUUGACUGCUUUGAGGAUCCUGGUCCACAUGGGAGUGGCAGGUAUUCAGACCGUAUGUUGCCUGAAGUUGAGAAGAAAGACUUCCGAAAAGGUGCUCAGUGGUUCUCAAUGAAGCGCCAGCAUGCAUUGAUAGUAAUGGCUGACAAUCUCUACUACUCAAAGUUCCGAGAUUACUGCAAGCCAGGUAUGGAUGGGCGCAACUGCUAUUCGGAUGAGCAUUAUCUGCCCACCUUUUUCCAUAUGUUUGAUCCAGCUGGCAUUGCUAACUGGUCAGUAACACAUGUUGACUGGUCUGAAGGAAAAUGGCAUCCAAAAUCAUACAGGGCUCAAGAUGUUACUUAUGAACUCUUAAAAAAUAUUACUUCUAUUGAUGAAAGUGUCCAUGUUACAAGUGAUGAAAGGAAGGAAAUCCAGGUUAGACCAUGCUUGUGGAAUGGAAUGCAAAGGCCGUGUUACUUGUUUGCAAGGAAGUUCUUGCCUGAAACCCUGGACAACUUGAUGCUGCUACUUUUCUCCAAUUACACAACAUGAAUGGGUUAUCAUCAUUCUAAUUCUUUGGUCGGACCAAUAGUUGCUCUCGGCCUCUUCAUCAUCUCCGUUACUCAUGUGGCUCACAUUGUUGUAAAGUGCCUGAAUAUAGCGUUGAACGCCCCCCUAACCAGGCUCGUGUUUUGAGCGCAAGGGCCAGCGGCAGAGCAGUUUGGGUGACUCGAAUACAGCUGAAAGUUGACUAGCUAUUCACUAAUGCUGCUGAGUUGGGGGUAGGCAAAACAGUUUUAUUUUUUCUCUUUUUCACCAUUCUGGGCUACUUGCUUUACAAUGUAGGUUAUCUCGUUGCAGAAUUUUUUGUAUACUUUACUGCAGUGGAGUCAGUUGUUGUCAUUUUGUAUAAGUUAGAAAAUAUGAAUUUGCAAUGAUGUUAGGCUCAACAAUUGCGAAGUAAAUACCUGAAUGAUGGCAGAUUGAAGAAUGGAAAAGGGAGAGAGGCUUCUUCAUUUUUGUAA